CCUCCCUCCUCAUCUUCCUCCCGUUCCCUCACCAUUGGUCGCAGCCCCGGCCGCCACCCCGCCAUGGACGGCCUUCACGGCCCCGACGCCUGCUUCUCCCCCGGGAGGACCAUGUCGCCGCAGCUCAUCAGGCCCCCCGCCGGCCCGCCGCCGGACAUAGGAGGCGGCCAGUACUUGUCGGAGCUCUUGCAGGAGCACCAGAAGCUCGUGCCCUUCACGCAGGUGCUACCAAUCUGCAGCAAGCUUCUCAGCCAAGAGAUAAUGCGGGUGUCCUGCAUGCUUCGCCAGCACCAGCACCAGCACGGUGGGGACUUCGACAGGAUGCCCAUGGCUAGUCCAAACCAGAUGCAUCAUCAUCCGUCGCCCCCAAUGCCUAACUUCUGUGGAAAUGGCUUUGGUCCCUGGAGUGGGGCACAUCCAGAGAGGGUAGCUUUUUCGCAAGGACCUGUGGGUUGGCAAGGAGCACCACAAAGCCCCUCAUCAUACAUUGUCAAGAAGAUCUUGCGGUUGGAAAUACCAACUGAUAAUUACCCUAAUUUCAAUUUUAUUGGCCGUCUUCUUGGGCCAAGGGGAAACUCGUUGAAGAGGAUUGAAGCCUCUACGGGUUGUCGUGUUUUUAUCAGAGGGAAGGGCUCAAUUAAAGAUCCUGGGAAGGAGGAACAGCUGAAGGGCAGACCUGGUUACGAACACUUGGAUGACCCCCUGCAUAUCUUGAUUGAAGCUGAGUUACCUGCUAAUGUCAUUGAUUCAAGAAUUGCAAAAGCACAAGAGAUCCUCGAGGAGUUGUUAAAACCAGUGGAUGAAUCGCAAGACUACUACAAGAGGCAGCAACUCCGUGAGCUUGCCAUGUUGAACUCACCACUUCGAGAGGAAAGUCCGCGUCUAAGUCCGCAUCCAAGUCCUCAUCCAAGCCCGCGUCCAGGCGGAGCUUCUCCCUUCAGUAACGGUGGAAUGAAACGAACCAAACAAUGACUGCAGAGGCUUGCUCCUCCCAACUUGACCCUCCAGAGACUCUGCUCACUCGGUGCCCUCACAACUUAAUUUUUCAUGAGCAAGCUUUCAUGAUGGUGCUGGCAUCGUGCGAUACCUGUUACUACUAGAAUUUUGAUCUCCCAUGUGACAUUAGCAUAUGAACUGACUCAGAAUGAUCCAUGAGUAGCGAAUCCUCCUCCUUUAUAAUUAGAACAUUUGAUUUA